UUCUUUUGUGAGGAUUCAGCAUCCUCCCGGUGCAGCAGCAGCAGCAGCAGCAGCCCUCCCCCUCUGCAGCCUCUCCAGCAGUAUGCCCGACGUUCAAACGGAAGCAGGCGCUACCAUUUUGAAAUACAGCACCGCUUAGCGCCAUGGACAAGAGCCACACAGUGAAGCUCUUCGUGGGCAACCUGGCAUUAGACACCACACAGGAAGAACUGUCGGCCAUCUUCGAACCUUACGGCCAGGUGGUCAGCUGCAGCGUGCUGCGGCAGUUUGCCUUUGUGCAUCUGCAGGGUGAGGGUGCUGCGGAGCGAGCCAUCCGGGAGCUCAAUGGGCGGGAGUUUCGCGGCCGGAAUUUGGUGGUCGAGGAGUCGAGGGGGAGGCCGCUGCACUCCACCAAGGUGUUCGUGGGUAAUCUGAGUGGGAUGUGCACCACUGAGGACCUCCAGCAGCUGUUCCAGACAUUCGGGAAAGUUCUCGAAUGCGACAAAGUCAAAGGCUAUGCUUUUGUUCACAUGGAAAACAAGGAAGAUGCACUACAGGCCAUCGAAGCCCUGCACGGCACCUCCUUCAAGGGCCGCCCCCUGUCCGUAGAGCUGUCAAAGGUCCAGCCCAGCAAGCAGGCACCGACAGGGAAAAUCCCGUGUGUUAACUGUGGGAAGCAGGGCCACUAUGCUGGAGAAUGCCCCGUGGGGAAACCUUCUCUGGAGCAGUACCAGAGUCAGGCAGCGGUCCUGGCUGCUGCUGCUGCUGCAGCCGCCGGCCUACCGCUACAGGUCCAACAAAGCGUGCACAAUUCAGUCUACAACACCUCCACCUUUGAUCCCACAUACGCUGCUCUCACAGGAAUUACGACGGGGACACGCACUGAUGGGAAUCCAGUAAAUCCAGCUGUUUAUGGUGCCCUUGCCAGCCAAGUGUAUGGUGCCAAUGUUGCCAGUCAGCUUUAUGGAACAGUGGCGAAUCAGGCUGCUCUUACAUCAGGCGCCACACAGGUAUACAGCGCUAUGGCACCUAAUAUUUAUGGUCAGGUGGCUGCAUCUCCAGCCGCAGCUGCAGCCGCCGCCGCCGCUGCUGCUUACACGACUCCGGUUUACACCCCAACUGUGGCCAACCCCCCCGUCUAUCUGGCUGCUGCUCAUGGGAUCGAAAUGCCAACAGCAGCGGCUGCGGUUAAUCCUGCUUACACUGUAGCGCCUGCGAUUUACGGCGCUGCCACACCAGCCUACGCUCAGUUAAGCGCCAUGGGGGCAGCGGACCCAGCUACAGCCAUCUUUGAGGCUGCCAGGCAGGCACAUUACUUUGCCCAGGGCCAGCAGGUUGUGGCAGAGCAGCAGUCGGCGGCUGCCGCCACAGCAGCAGCUGUGGCAAAGUCCGGAGAGAGGGAUCGUAGUCCACUAAGGAGGUCGGCACCUCUGCUACCAGACCCCGUGAUGAAGCCAUUUAUAUACCAGAGGGCCAAGCCGCGCCGACCCCUGCUCCCCACGCCAGCUGGUCGAGCAGCUGAAGAGGCGGUGGAGGCUGCAGAGGACCCCAUGGCCAGGUACUAUGCGGAGUACUACCAGCAGCUACAGCAGUACCCCCAGUUCCAGUAUGCCUAUCCAUCACCGAGCACAGUGACAGCCAUCCCCGGCAUGCAUGGAGUGCAGGCCAUGCAAGCAGUCCCCGCAGUUCCAGCUGUACCGACGAUGUCCGCCCAGUCCGUCGCUACGCUGGACGCCCUCAGGCCAGUGGUCCCCACCGCUGCGGCAGUGGCAGCCGCCAUGGCUGCGCCCAGGGUGUAUGAGCCGCCGUUGCCGCCGCCCACGCGCAAGGAGGCCAUCCUCCGCCGCCCCGAACUCUCCCUUCACACGCCUGAGCCCCCCUUCCGAUAGUCGCACACAGCUCUCUGCCCGCCCCUCCCUCUUUGCCCUGAACCCACCCCUACCCCUCAACCUCUUCCACCCCAAACUUGACCACCUUACAGCAGCUGUAUGUAUGUGUGUGUGUAUGUUUGUGUGUGUGUGUGUGUGUGUGUGUGUGUCUGGGGACUCUUGAGUGUUUGGUAUUAAACUGGGGACUCCUUGGUUUAUUAACCUGCUUUAUGAGAAACCUGAUACGCCAGCCUUGGUUCAGUUCACAUGCACACAGUGCAGCCAUGAAAGGGAGGCUUUCAUCUGUUGUACGGGCAUUCUUUGCGCUUCUCAGUUUUACUUUUUUAUUGUGCCAGUCUCACACUUGUGCCAGUAUUAGGCUGACCCAGUCAGCCGUUUCAUAUGCCUUUAUUUCUGCAACCCAGUUAUGAUUUUCUAAGGCCAAACCUACGAUAGACAACAUCAGCCAUCCUCCUUAGGCCUAGAUGAUCGGUUAGGGCAGCUAAUUUGAAACCUUUUUUGCCUUAUGUUGAAGAGCUUCAAUUUGUAAUGUAAUCAGAUGGGAAGUCGGAUGGACACUUUGCGUGUAUUGGCUGCAUCGCGUCGUGUGCGGCCGAACCAAGGUUGAAGUGUUGUUUUUGGGGGGACGUUUUGUCUCGAAUGUGACGUGGCUGCGAAGCGUGUGAGCGAGUGAGAGGUGAGGGCUCUUGACCUUGCAGCGCACAAACACAGCAGCAAAAACUGCGCCUUGCCGAAAAACUAAAAAAAAAAAAAAAAAGAAAAUCAAAAAAAAAGUAAAGCACACAUAAACGUACUGUAACGUAUGUUUGGAUCUCCCCUUUGACCCUUUUUUUUUUUCCCUGAGUCCUUCCCCACCCACCCCCUUACUCUAACUACAGCGACGAAAGACACUGCUUCGCCUCUCUCGCUCUUUUUAACUACAGCUGCCUACCUCUUACAGCAAAUUUCAGUGUCUAAUCUUUCCUAUUCUGUUCUCUUCUAUUGUCAGCUGUUUCCGCUCCUUGUAAAGGUACAGGGUCAGUAGUUUAGAGAGGGAGGAGCCAGACGUUACUGACAGUGACUUUUUGUAGAUAUUCCUUGUUGAGUCCUUCAUGUUCAGAGGCCUUUUUUUAAUAGCGUAAAUGUUUUUUGUUGUUUUACUGUAGUUUACAUGUGAUGGAAGUCCGCCUGGGAAAGGGGGGGGGCAUGUGUUACUACUGAACGAGCUGUUUACAAAAGGAUCUUUUAAUUGCAUCCUAUUAGAAACCGUGACCGUAUGUGAGAAGCUCAAUCGUGUGCCUAUAAAGCCUUGAGUGAAGUGCAUUACGUGGAGGGAUCUCCCAUUUUAAGUGCUUUUGACAUUAUUUUUUAAUCAUUAACAGGUAACAGGAGCCCUCCAGAGCAUUAGUGUCCAGAAGGCUAGAGAGCAGUGAAGCUUUCUCUCGGACUCCUGCGUAAGAUUUGUUUUACAGUUCUUAACAACAACAACAAAAAGCCACAAACUGAGCCUCGCGGGUUCAUUAUUAGCUGCUGGUUGAAGCAGAAACAACAGUGAUAGCACCAAUGAAGUGAGAGGUGGGGCAGUGUCUUCCAAGUUGCUUGUUUAGUCGUCUGAAUACCAGACCUGCUUUAGAUUGUGAUUUUUUUAAAAAAAAGAACAUUUUUGUGUCUGUUUUAAUAUAUUUGUUAGAGCUUGUAAGUGCAGUUUGCAGCAUUAAAAAAAAACUGGACUUAUACCUCCUCAUGAGUGGCAAAUUCCACCCAUAGAGCUCUACAUUUAAUUAAAACGAUCACUUUCAAAGUAUUUUGCAACUGCCAUUCGACGGCGGUCUGCUGCACACACACCCUCUGAAAUCACUUUUACUGCCUCAUUGUCCCCCUCCUCUCUCCCCCUAUGGUUUUUUAGCAGUUAAGUGACUUUUGCAUCUCACAGUGUAAUCUCUCUCUGUGUCGUAUAUACAAACACAUACCAGUUGCAUCCUUUGUAGAACUUUGUGGUUUGCGAAAUGUCUUGUUUGCCAUGUUUGAGACCGUAUUUUUUAGAGAAGUAUUUUAAUUUUUGCCUUCUUUUUAAGAAAAGACAAAAAAACAAAAGUAAAAAAGAAAAAAAAAAUCAGCAUGCUUUUUAUUGAGAAUAUGUAUACUAUAAACCUUAUUAUAAUAAAGAAUGUUUGGCUGACUAAUGUGGUAAAAGAAAGCAAAGGGUUUGGACAUUUCCCCUUCUUCCUGUUUAUGUUAUUCUUCUCCACUAUCUGUUUCUCUUGUGUAAAAUGACCACCAGACCCAUUUGACUGGGGACCCAAGGGGGAGACAGGUGUAGAUGCUGGCCCAGCUUUGCUCUCUUUGGUCAGGGUAAGUGCGGGUUCGUGCUCCUUCCUCUCUCCAGCCUCUCAAAACUCAGUGCAAACCAGCUUGUAUCUUUAAGGGGUUUGCAUUUGACGAAAUGCAUUUUGGUAUUUAAUUCCGGCGAGAAACGCUCGCCGUGGUCCCCAAAAAUCGUUUUUUUUUUUUUUUUUCUUGCGGAAAUAUUUUUUGCACACUUUGAAAUUACAUUGAGAGCUGGGGAGAGGCACACAGAUAGAAUGGCCUGGGUGCAUUUUGAUCUGUGGAGCAGUCCUGUUCCUGGGGUUGAUGGGUGUGUGUCUGGUCUGGUCUGGUCUCUUCCCUGCUGCACCAAAUUCUCCCUCUUCGUGUGUCUCUAUGUCCACUCUACUCUCAGACCUGCAUGUGUGAUAACCUGUAACUCUGCCGCACAAGCAAAAAAAAAAAAAAAAAAAAA